AUGGCUACGCAAACCGUUGAGGAUAAUUCUAGAUCUGGUCCAAGACGAACUGUUGUAGGGGAUUUAUUGAAACCAUUAAAUUCAGAAUAUGGUAAAGUAGCUCCGGGGUGGGGAACUACUCCUUUGAUGGGUGUUGCAAUGGCUCUAUUUGCGAUAUUUCUAUCUAUUAUUUUGGAGAUUUAUAAUUCGUCCAUUUUACUCGACGGAAUUUCUAUGAAUUAG